AUGAAGAAUCUUAGAGUGAAGAUUCGUGUUUUAAGUAAUAAUUCGAGACGGGAUGAAGUAAAUUUAUACCGACUGGAGAGCAAGAUGGACUUAAGAAGGAAUAAAUUGAGAGAAAACAGAAAUUCACAGCAGUUCAGACACGGCACUGUUGAUGGUCAAUUAAAAGAAAACAAAAACUUGCUUAAUGCUUUUUUGAUAUCUAGAGAAAAAUUCCCUCAAAAAAAUAAAAUUUAUUCCAAGUCGAAAGUUUUAGUGUUCGUUUGA